AUGCAUAUGGAAUCUACUGUACGCGGAUGGAAUCGAUUUUUAACAAAAAGAGGGGGGUGCUUCGCCCUACGGAACCGGGCCGUGGGGACCGGCGUUUCUUCCAGCGGAGAUGAGCCAAACCCAUUCUCCUCCGUGCCCGUGAAGCGCAAGCGUUCGGGUAGAGGAGGAGGAGGAGGAGGCGGAGGAGGGAGGAACGGAAGCGAGCGGCGUAGGAGCCGCCAUCGAGGCAUCCGCCGAAGCCACUUCGACUCUUCGAGCGAGAGCUCCGACGAGGGGGGAGGGUUCGCCGACCACGACCAAGGCUUCGACCGCUACCAGCGCAAGACCCACGAACGCGAGCUGGGCUCCAUCCAGCCGAUCAACUCUUUCGGGCCUACCCCGGCGGGAGGCGGCGGCGGCGGGGGCGGGGGCGGCGGCGCGGCCGGCGGGGGGAGCAGCGGCAGCAUCGUGGACAAGGCGAGCGCGAGAGAUCUGCUCCGGGCGGACGUCAGCCCCAUGGAGAUCGACCCGAGCAUCACGUUCGACUCCAUCGGCGGUGGCAAGAAGCACGUGCGGAUGCUGAAGGAGAUGGUCAUGUUGCCUCUCGUCUACCCUGAGCUGUUCGAGGGCUUCGGCGCCAAGCCCCCGAAGGGGGUUCUGUUCUACGGGCCCCCCGGCACAGGGAAGACGCUGACGGCGCGAGCGUUGGCCAACGCGUGCAGCAAGAGCGGGCACCGCAUCUCAUUCUUCAUGCGCAAGGGCGCGGACUGCCUGUCCAAGUGGGUGGGGGAGGCCGAGCGUCAGCUACGGCUCCUCUUCGAGCAGGCACGGCGGCAUCAGCCGUCGAUAAUUUUCUUCGACGAGAUCGACGGGCUCGCCCCGGUCCGCAGCGUCAAGCAGGACCAGAUCCACGCGUCCGUCGUGUCGACCCUGCUCGCCCUCAUGGACGGCCUGGACAGCCGAGGGCAGGUGAUCGUUGUAGGCGCUACCAACCGGCCGGACAGCCUGGACCCCGCGCUCCGACGCCCGGGGCGAUUUGACCGGGAGCUCGCCUUUCCCCUGCCCACGCGCAGGGCCCGUCGCGACAUCCUGAGGGUGCACACGAAGGAUUGGAAGCCGCCCAUGGACCCGGCUCUCGAGGAUGAGCUCGCCGAGCUCACCGCCGGCUACUGCGGCGCCGACAUGAAGGCCCUGUGCUCGGAGGCCACCCUGCUGGCCGUCCGACGGCGUUAUCCACAGAUCUACGCCUCAAAGGAGAAGCUGCUGCUCGACGCCAAGUCCGUCAAGGUGACCCGGUCCCACUUCCUGGGCGCCCUCCGCGGCCUGACGCCGUCGUCCCAGAGGGAGGGGAUCAACCCGGCCCGUCCCCUCCCCCCGCAUCUAUCCGCCCUGCUCUCGGACUCUCUGGCCGUGAUGUCGGAAACCUUGCAGGUCCAGUUCCCGCAAGGUUCUUAUGGCAAAGACCUCGGAGGCGGCGCCUCCGACAACGGAGAGGGCGGCGGCGGCGUCGACGACGAGGACGACGAUCAUGAUCACAGCUGGUCGGACGACGAAGACCAUUCCUCCUCCUCAUCCUCUUCGUGUGCCUCUUCCUCCUCCUCCGAUGACGACGACGGGGGGCUUGGGGGUGGGAAAAAGAAGAGGCGGCGGGGGGGAGGGCAACGCCGCCACCCGCACGGGGAAAUCGCGGGGAUGCCGCCGCUGGGUGGUGACAACCCGGCGUUGUCCUUGGUGCCCGGCGGGGGCGUCGUCGGCAAGCAGGCGGGACUGCGAAUCAGCGGCGGCGGCGGGGGUGGGAAGGGUAGGGGGACGGAAGCCGGGGUGGGAUCGACUUGGGUCCACCGCCCUAGGCUCGCGCUGCACGGGCCCCCGGGGUGCGGGCAGACCCAACUAGCGGCCGCGGCCCUCCACCUCCUGGACGGCGUCCCGGUGCACUCCCUCGCGCUGCACAGCCUGCACGGGGACCCGUCGAGGACGGCGGAGGCGUCGCUGGUGUCCCGGUUCGUGGAGGCCAGGCGCAACGUUCCCAGCGUCCUGUACCUGCCGGGCGCCCACCAGUGGUGGGACGGCGAGGACGCGGCGGUCCACCCGCACCUCAGGACUCUGCUGAUCAACCUGCUGGACGACAUUCCCGACACGUGGCCGAUCCUGGUGGUAAGCACCUGGGAGACCAAGCCCGAGGAUGGAGGGAAUGGAGGAGGGGGAGGGGGAGGGGGUGGCGCGCUCGGAGACUACGUCUACAAGAUGGCAGCGUCAGCCUCACGCUCAGGCAGCAGCAAACAGCUCAUCAGCGCCCUGCUCGGAGGUAGCCGCGGCGAGGAGGGGCCGUGGGGCCUAGGGGCUAGCGGCGCUUGGGGCGGAGGGGGCGCCGCAGGAGUCGGGGGUUCGGUGGACGGAGACGGAGAGGAGGGGGAGCGUGUGGGGUGGAACGGGGCGAUAGAGAUGGCCCUCACCGGGGACAAGCAGAGAGAGAGCUUCGUACAAGAGAUGCUGUCGACGCUGGCUGAAACUCUAAAAAAGGCUUUUUGCGCCCGGGGGUCUAGAGGCGAACGGGCCAAGAAGACCCCUCCGCCACCCCUGCCGCUGGCGCCACUUCCCGAGAGACAGGAGGAACGGGAGGAACCGGAGGACGAGUCGCUGAAGAAGCAGGAAGAACACUACCUCCGGGAGCUUCGCAUUUGCCUUCGAGAGGUUCUCGGCGAGCUCCGGAAAGACCGGAGAUUCUCCAUGUUCAAGCAGAUCGGAGAUUACGAGGGCGAGUUCAUGGACCUGAAUGGUAUCAGAGACAAGCUCAACGCCGAGGAGUACGUCACCCUGGACGACUUCGAGGAGGACCUCAAGCUCAUGGCGGAGGAGGCCAAGGAGGUCCGCGACAGGCUCAAGGCUAACCUGGCCCGCGCCGAGGCGAAUGCGUCCGCCCUGGAGGGCGCAAGAGGCGCAGCGGCCGGUGAAGUCGGUGGUGGAGGGGCGCCGGGGGGAGCGGGGCGCGGUAGCGGCGGCGGCGGCGGCAGUGAUGACGUGGGUCUACGGCGAGCGCUGAUGGAGGUGGACAGGGCGACCAAUCAACUGGCAAGGGCGGCGACGGCGGUGGACAUGGCGUGCUUCUUGAGGGAUGCGGCUCUGUCUUUCCUUCAGGAGGCGGGGGGAAGAAGCAGCCCCACCAGCGGGAAGCGGUCCGCAACCGCCGCCUCCGCCGGCGGCGGUCGCGGGGACGGCGGCGGCGGUGGUUCCCGGUCGGCGGUUGCCCCAAACUACACGUCGGAGAGCGUAAUCGAGGACAUCUACGGCGGGGUGGCGGCCCAGCAGACGGGGACCGGGUCCCGGGACCGCGCCACGAGGGCCUCGAGGAGAUCGGCCAGUUCGGACGGGCGGUUCGUGCAGCUGGGCGACCGUGGCAAGCUCUUGGAGCAGGGGACGGAGGUUGAGGUCGUGCCGCCGCCAGCGAAGCGCGCCGCCCGCCAGCAACGCUCGCCCGCGAAGCGCAGAGUCAUGUUCGACAAGGGUGAUGGCGAAGAGGGAGGAGAGCAAGAAGGGCAUGAGAAGCAGGCGCCGCCGGCGCCGGCCGUGACGGUGUCCACGGCGGAAGAGCGGGGAAAGCUCGGGGAGGGAGAGGUCCGAGGGCAGGGCAACAGCGCGCAGGAGGCGACGACAUCCGCCCCGGCCACGGUCGAGCCGCCGCUAGCUGCUUCUGUCGUGGAUGGCGGCUCCUCCAGCGAGGGCAGCUGCACGACUCCCGGCAGUAACGCGGCGGUGGUGGCGGCGCCAGCGCCGGCGGCGUCGAAGGACGUGACGGUAGCCACGGCGCCGGCGCCGACGGUCGCUACCACGCUCCCCGCUCUCCACACAGCGCACGGCGAUGACGAGGAGCAGCAACACGGAGACGACCAGGCCGUUUCCAGCGCCACCAACCCUGCGGCGGCGGACGAGGCGGAGGAGGAGCCGCGGCCGGCGCUCGUGGUCCCGUCUCCCGAGGCCGCCGCCAACGGCAGUGCCGCCAACGUUAACCUAGGGGCUGCUUCAAUCCCCAGCGGGGCCGCUCCUAGUGUCGCGGCCGACGCAGCAGCAGGAGGCGCGGGGUUGGAACAACGCCGGCAGGAGGACCUCACCCAGCCAGUAGCGAGGGCGAAGGAGGCGUUCCCGCUCGGGGUUGCGGCAGAUGGUGAUGGGGACGCGCUCAUGAAAGACGCUCCGGCGGCGGCGGCGGCAGCGGCUGCUGUGGACGCCGGGCCGACGACGCAAUCGAGCCAGAUCAGCGGCUCGACAUCCCUUGGAGGCCCGGCAGGGGGUGAUGGCGGUUGCGACGGCGGUGUUGCAACGGCCCUGGCGGCCGCGGCGACGGCGGCGAUGACGGCGGCGGCGGCAACGGCGAUGGUAGCCGUGGAUCCUCCGGCGGUAUCGUCAUCAUCAUCGUCGUCGAACGGAGCUCCUUCGGCGGCAGCCAAGGCGCAAACCGAGACCGUAGCGGCGGAGGAGGUGGUCAAGGCGGCCACGGCGGCGGCGACGCGCCAGCAAGCCAAGGCCGACCGCAAGCGGGCCAAGCGGGCGUGUGAGGGGGCCUGCACCCGCCUCCUGGAGACGCGCGCCUCCGUCGCCGCCAGGACGCGCGGGUGGUCCGUCGAGCAGCUGCUGGCGCUGCGAGGAGGGACGCUCGAGCUCGGGGCGGCCCUCUGCGGGCGGGGCAUGCCCCGGGCUAAGGCGGCGUCGGCGUCGGACGCGGUUGACGUGGUGCUGCGCUACAUCGACCGGCGCUUGCCGCGAUAA